AUGUCAGACGAAAUGGAAAUUUCUUUAGAUGCCAUCACAUCAACUCAAGUCUUAAACAGAGUCAAUGCUUUGGUCAAGCUCCAAGAUCAACAUGAUGACCUCAACCUUGAAAUGGAAAAGGAAAUCAAGGCUAUUGAAGCCAAGUACCGUGUUUUAUACACUCCAUUAUAUGAAAAGAGAUCUCAAAUCGUCAGUGGUGCUGUUGAACCAUCUGGUGAUGAGAUUGCUCCAAAGGAACCAAUUGAAGUACCAGAUCUCAAGUCUGGUGCCGAAAAGGGUAUCCCACAAUUCUGGUGGACUGCCAUGAAGAACCACCAACUCAUUGGUGAAGCCUCUGCCGAUUCAGAGCAUGACGAUGAUAUCUUUGCUUUCGUUAGCAACGUUAGCACUCAAGAGCCUGAAGGAGGUGAUGAAUUCUCUGUCACCUUUACCUUUGCUGACAAUCAAUUCUUUAGCAACAAGGAUCUUACCAUUACCGUCAACAUUAACCAAGAAGAAAUGGAUCUCGAUAGUAUCGAUGUUACACCAAUUCAAUGGAAGGACGGUAAGAACUUUACCGUAAAGAAAGUUGAAAAGACCGUAAAGAAGAAGGGUCCAAAGGGUAAGGCUGCCAGUGUCUCUACCAAGACCAUCGAAGAAAAGGUACCAUCUCUCUUUGCUUCUCUUUUCCUCAAGCACGAAUUGCCAUCUGCAGAGACUAUGGAAGUUGAGGACGAUCAAGAUGCUUCUGAAAUCCAAACUCAAUACCAAUGUGCUGUCAUUCUCAAGGAAACCAUCAUUCCAAACGCUGUUGAAUGGUUCUUGGGUCGUGCUUCCGAUGAUGAUGAUGGAUUCGGUGGUCAAGAAGGUUAUGAUUUCGAUGAAGAUAUGGACGAAGAUUUUGAUGACGAAGAAGAUGAUAUCCCACAAAUCAAGCCAAAGUCCUCUAAAAAUUCUGCUGCUGCCCCACAACCAAAUAACCCAGAAUGCAAGCAACAAUAA